CAAACAAAUACAAAUAUCGCAGACUCCAGCUGGGUCUCACAGACACAUGUAACUCUAAUAUUAAAUUGCAGCAAACAAAGUUACACUCCACACUUCUGUUGCUAGGAUACAGCGAAUACUGAGACCUCUCUCAGUUGCCGACACCAGAUAGACACGUUAAACGUGGACUAUAACAAUAUUCAUUCGUGUUUUAGUAAGUUAUUCGCUUGGACACAUCCUAAGGUACAAGUAUGUCCUGUUGUAUGUCCUAAUGUCGACGGUGUUAUGGGAAGUCACACCGUAAAGUACCGUUAACUAACAUAAGUAUCGAUAAGCACAAUUUGCUAUAACCAGCCUUAUAGGCCUAUGGCCUGCUUCCUUUUCGCAUUCAUUAUCACCUUUUUUACCCCUCAACAGCGUAGUUAUUCAAACUUUUCUCUCAUGUGCUGCCGUUUCCUCCACAUAACAUCGUAUUUAUGUGAUAUAGGGUUGUCAAUGCCGCACCUGAAGACAUCUCAGACAAACCAGCUAUUGACAACAUUGUCGGAUACGCAGUCAAAGAAAUCUGGACUGCGGUGCACAGUUUACUCCGUCAGUGGAAAUGAAUACACUGGAGAGUGGCUGAACAACAAGAAGCAUGGGAAGGGUAGUCAGGUUUGGAAGAAGUCCGGUGCCAUUUAUAAUGGAGAUUGGAAAUUUGGGAAACGUGAUGGAUACGCUACCCUCAGUGUGCUGCUUCCAGAAACAAAGGAGUAUGCAAGGAAGCACUGUGGUGAAUGGAAAAAUGGAAAGAAGCAUGGGUACGGGAUGCACUUCUACAAAAGCUCAUCUGUUUAUGAGGGGGAGUGGAGUGAGGACCAACGAAGUGGCUGGGGAAGGAUGUACUAUAAUACGAGUGGAGACAUCUAUGAGGGAGAGUGGCUAAAGGAUAGGAAUCAUGGACAGGGAACCAUCCGAUUUGCAAAUGGAAAUUGGUAUGAAGGCAGCUGGCGAGAUGGGAAGAAGAAUGGCACUGGAAAGUUCUUCUAUCCUGACAAAGGCCAGAUGUAUGAAGGCAUUUGGAUGGAUGGAGUGGCAAAGUGUGGGACCAUGUCAGAUUUUGGGAGGAAUGAAGCACUGACACCAACAAAGUAUCUGAUUCCACAGCUACAACUGGUGGACAUGCAGUCGGUUUUAAGUGAAGCCCAGUCGGACAACCUUGAGAGAAUCAACAGCAAGUUCCCACUGCAUGACACACUCACAGGGACAGAAUAAAAAAAGAAAAUGAAUGGCAUGAUGGUCUUCAGU